UAAUAAUAAUAAACAGCAGAUGUCAGUGUGUACAUUUCACUAGCCACAGUAAGCGCCGCCGACGUUGCGCCGGCAGGAUGUGACGUCAGAACCGCUAAAAAUUUAAAUUUCCUAACGGCUACUCGGCGGCGGCUGAAGGAACCAUGAUGGAGAAUACGUUUCCAAUAUACAAGGUGGAUGCCAUUGUGCAGUUUUUUCGAACCGAAGUCUUGACAGGGCAAGAGGCGAAACAUUUCACCAAAGGUGAUAUCACUCCAAAUCCGAAGGCAGAUGUCAACCAGAGACUUUACAUGAGAAUCUUGCAGCUUGUAUAUCGCUUCAGGCUUGAGUGCCAUUACCUGGCACCUCUCUCCGAAAAUCUCCAAUACCCAAUGUUACAUGAGUGGUCUACACCAGUCUUGAGCCUUUAUGUAUGCAUGUGCCAGUUUUUACCAGUGUGCCAUGUGUAUGACUUUUCAAUGACUGACCUGCUUAAUCCCAAGCCCAAGAGAACGAUCACUAUUUUAAGUGGAAUCCAAAAUUUCCUGCACUUUAGGAAACAGAGGUUGGAAAUAAUUGCAGGCCACCAACAGGCUCUUCGGGCAGAUAUGGAUAAACUUCAGUCAUGCACGAAAGGCAUUAAGGAUGCUGAAAAGAAGAUAGAGAAGCUGAUGACAAUCCCACCAGAGCAGCAAGCAGAGGCUAAAGAACUGGCUGCAGCCCUCAAUGAAGUGAAAAACGCUACAUUGCAAGAAUCCCAGGAAGCGAAAGCCAUUAAUGAACAGGUCGCAGAGUGGAAAAGUGAAAUUGCAGAACGAAUGAAGAAACUGGGCCAGAGGAAGAUAGACGUGGCCACUCACAAAGAUGAAAUAGCCAAACUUAAAUCUCAGAUCGUCGAGUCACCCGAGGAGCUCAAGAACGAGAUGGAAAAGAUGAGGGAGAGCAUUAAGAACAUCAAGAUCGCAAAAGAACAAGCAGAUGAGAAGCUGGUGGAGAUGCAGAUUAAGGUGCAGCGCACUAGCCAAGGUGAAGCUGAGAUUCAAGUAAUACUGAAACAGCUGCAGGACCUGCAGGCCAGCAUGCGCAAGACUAACGAACAGAAGGAAGCGGUUCACAAAUUGAUGGCUCUCUCUGAGUCCCUGCAGAAGGAGCUAAAGGACCUGAGCAAUGAAGAGGGCCAGCUAAAGAGAGGUCUGGCAAUGAAACAAGACAAACAGUCCAAGCAACAGUAUCGACAUCAGAAAAAGAAGGAGCUCAAGGACCAGCAUGUCCAAAACAUACUCGGGCAAUAUGACAAAGUUCAUGAAAAACGGGAGGAAAUCGUGGAUCGGAUAAAAAUAAUCACCCAAGAGACCACACAGUUCAAGGCAAAAAUGCAGAAGCUUAGAGAUUCCUGCAACCAGAACAGUGAAAAAGCUCAGGCCAUCUACGAUCGGCUGCUCACCACACUGGAGCAAUUCCACAAACGUCUUGAAAAUUUAGUGAUGGAGGGCAGUGCUGACAUCAUGAAAAUGAAAACCAAUUUCUAAACUUUUUUUUGCAGUUUUUCUCUCUUCGAUUUCUUUUUUUCUUUCUUUUUUUCCCCAGUAUUGUCCGUUUUCUCUGUACCUUUCGCAAAUGUUUGUCAUAUGUAAAUUUUCCUACUUUGUCCAGAAUAAAAUGAAAUAAAAUGGUACAUAACA